AUGCUUUUGACCAAAUUCAAUGUCCUGCUCUGUGCAGCAGCCCUAGCACCUGCUGCCGUGGCCGAAGAAAACUGGGUCAGGAAUUGUGGUCUGCCAGACCUUCGUAACUGCGCAGAUAUAAUUCCAGAACUUGGCAAAUGUUAUUGGCUUGACGUCUGGAAGGGUGGGAAUAGUUUCCUGAUCGGCGAGAAUUUCAAUGGUAAAUGUACAUGGUACUCGGCAGGAAACUGCCAGGGGUAUGCCACAAAAGCGUUCACCCCUGGUCAAGGUGCCAAUGCUUUCGAAGCAUUUGCAGCGAUAUUGCCGAAGUAUAGCAAGAAGAACGUGAGAGCAGGUGGAUACAAGUGCGUUUCAAUUUGA